ACAAAACAAUCUCUGACACACGAGUCUUCGAUUGUUUAAAGAACUUUCCGCUUGACAUUUGGCAAUUACUUUUAUAAUUUGUAAAAACUUAAAUACAGAUCAAUGGUGACGAAAAAUAUACAUUCAUAUAAAAUGGUCCCGUUCAGAAGCAAGUUCGUGUCGAGAGGGGUUCAAUUUGUUUGAAAUCAAACUUUAUUCAAUAAUUACUGAAACCCGAGUUUAGGAAGUAUUAUAAUCAGGUAAUCAAUACCAAUAAUGGAUCAAACUUAAAUGCACAAUUAAAAAUCCAUAUCUUAAAUGAUACCUAAACUUCCAUCCAGUUAGAUUUUCAAAAUAUGUGACAGAAUCAAACCUAAAUGCGAAAGAAUCUGACGUGAUUAGAAUGCAUGAUCAGUUCUUUCGUAAUUCUGUGACGACUAUUUACCCUAAAUUCACAGUCGACUUGAACAACAUAUUGUAUUGUAAUUAGUGUUCAAGCAAUAUAACUUGCCUCCUAGUAUUUAAAUACAAACCGUCAAAUAAUUUAUGACAUGAAUUGUUUUAACCAUGAUAUCAAAUUCUAAUCUAAGAAUCACAAUCAUUUGACGUUUAGUUGUUUGGGAUGGGUGAGUAUAAAGCAUUCUUAGUUGACUUCUUGGCUGGCGGUAUAUCAGCAGCUAUUUCCAAGACUGUUGUUGCACCUAUAGAACGGGUUAAAUUAUUACUUCAAGUGCAACACACUUCGACACAGAUUCCUGAAGACAAACGAUACAAAGGUAUGAUCGAUACCUUUGUACGAAUACCAAAGGAAACUGGAUUUCUCAGCUUUUGGAGGGGCAAUCUAGCUAAUGUUAUACGAUACUUUCCAACACAAGCCUUAAAUUUUGCUUUCAAGGAUAAAUACAAAGCACUGUUUCUUGAUGGCAUUCCAAAAGAUGCAUUUUGGCGACAGUUUGCCGGAAAUUUGGCAUGUGGCGGCGCUGCUGGGGCAACUUCUCUGCUGUUCGUCUAUCCUCUUGACUUUGCAAGGACAAGACUAGCAGCUGAUGUUGGCAAAGGAUCAGAAAGACAAUUCAAUGGAAUGAUGGAUUGCAUGAUAAAAAUUUUUAAAAGCGAUGGCCCAGUUGGUCUGUAUCGAGGGUUCAAUGUCAGUGUUCAAGGGAUUAUAAUGUAUCGCGCCUCCUAUUUUGGAUUUUACGAUAGUGCUCGGUCAAUGCUACCUGAUCCAAAGAACACCCCAAUUUAUAUAAACUUCUGCAUAGCGGAAACAGUGACAACAAUAGCCGGUCUCGUUUCGUAUCCUUUUGACACUGUGCGUAGAAGAAUGAUGAUGCAGUCGGGGCGAAGUAAAUCAGAUGUGAUGUAUAAAAACACGUUAGAUUGCUGGUCUAAGGUAUUUCAUAAGGAGGGAUCUGCAGCAUUUUUUAAAGGUGCAUUCUCCAACGUUCUCAGAGGAACUGGCGGCGCUCUGGUUUUGACUCUUUACGAUGUUGUGAAGGAGGGUAUUGAAAAUGCAAUAUCAUGAGUAGUCAUAAAGUAAGGAUUUUGUAACAUUUACAUGAUAAAAAAGGAAAAAUUCAACACAUAUCGUAUGUAUAAAAAUGACGCGCUUUUUUUUGCAAGUUAUGUGAAAGUUAUUAAGUGCAAGAUUUACAGUUUUACAAUCACAGAAGGCUGUUGCAGUCAAUAUUUGGAGUACUUAAAUAAUAUAAAUAUUUCAAUCUGUUGUAUUUGAGGAUUAAUAAUUUUAUUUCACUCAAGUGCCUACCUUAUACUGAAACUGGAAAUAUAUCACAUUUGUAUUGAGUGAACAGUCAAUUACAUUUUUAAAAUGAAGUAUCAGAAUGUAAGAACAACUUGUUGGACGUUCAUUUGAACUUCAAUAGUAGAUUGAGAAUUAGAAAAAAGUAUAGUGGUUGAUUGACGACUAAGUUUUUUUUCAAGAUGCUUAAUAAUUUAUUUGCCAAGCUACCAUUUAGAGCGUUUAUAAUCUGGCUAUACAGUAGAAAUUGAAAAUACAAGAGUUACCAAUGCUUUUGGUAUAGAUGAUUCGAUGCUUAUUUCCUAUUAGAAAUUGGAAAAUGAGUGUAUUUGGUACAUAUUAAUAGCU